AUGGUACUGAAUUCCCUGCUCUCAACGACAAAAGCCCCUGUGAACUACGCCAGUACAGUAGCCUCAAGUACGACACACAGUAAAACGUUUCCAACGACAAAGAAAGAUAAAGACAAGAAGUUUAGCAUAAUAACGCCAUCAGCAUGGGUGGAUAUUCGCUUGGUGAACAGAAAAGGGAUAAAUCUGGUCUUGUUUGCAAAUGGCACUGUAGCUGGUACUUGGAAUAACUCUCUCACAAAAGUCUUUGGUAUGUGCCAGUAAACCUAUUACAUUGUAUUAACAUAUACAUGAAAAAGAUAAUUUGUUGAACAUGAUUUUGAUAAACCUACACCCUUUUAAAGCGCAACAGCACGUCUUCACAAAUGAAGUGUCCUACGACCAAGUUAUUAGCUGUUGUCACACUACAGACUACCUAGGUAAACUCGACUUGUUGACAGUUUAGCUAGGGAAACUUGAUUUUUUUCCCUGGGUAACUUACCACGGGGAAAUUUUAUCGUCUAGGGCAUGGAUAUGUCUCGAGAACACUAGACUUUCCCUUGACAGCUACCCCAAAGCGAUAGCUUGGGAAAAAUGAAAUACUGAGGUUGCUAGCCAAUAGACGCUCAUCGGUGAUGGUCUUGAUGACAGAACCAAACACAGCUCUCGUGGUGAAAGAAAUUUUGGGGGCGCGAGUCGUCUACGUCUUCACCUGUCUUCACCUUGCACGUUGAAUUAGCGUAGAAAUAACAGCGAGAUAAAAGAAAAAAAAGUCUCUUUGAUAUAGGCUAGAUCCCUGCACAUCUUGCCUUCUUGAAUUUACGCUCCAAAAAAUUCAACUUUGCGUGAAAACCUUCGGAGCCGAUAUCAGUAGUGUGGAGGACGGAGGAUGGAGGAUGGUGCUUGUUCCCCCCUUCGUGAAGUAUAAAAUGGCAUCUAAAAAUUUUUGGAAAAAUAUAAUUGUAAUUUCGAAACGGUUUAACUUGCCUUAGGAUGACGGAACAGAUACAAAUUCCAUAGCGCUGCUUAGAAUGAAUUUCUAGAGAUCUAAAACUACUUUGGCUGGCCUGAAAAAUGUUUUCAACGUAUUUAGGAGGGAACCAGAACUAGUAGUCCAAUUUUAAUUCCGUUGAGUUUAAGAAGACGUGACCAGGCAGCUGCGGUUUUCGAAAAAAACAAAAGAGUGACUAACUUGAAUCUAAUCUUUAUUUUCAGGUCUCUUUCGUAUUCAGUCUCACGGUCCAAGCUUAGUGAAGCUGAAAAGUUUAAAGACAAAGAAAUACAUUGCAAUAAACAGCUUAGGAAAAAUUUACUCCACGGUAAUAAUCAUUAA